UGUUCUACGUCAUUUGACGUGUAACCGUUUUAUAGGUAAGAGAGAAACCCCCGCCGAGGCUGCGGCCAAGACAGCCGCCGACGCAAAAUUAGCAGCAGACAAGACAGCAGCCGAUGCCGCAGAAGCAGCAGCCAAGACAGCCGCCGGCCGCGCAGCAGCAGCACCUAGGACGGAAGGAGCCCGUGGUAAGAGAGAAACCCCCGCCGAGGCCGCCGCCAAGACAGCGGCCGACGCCGACGCAGCAGCAAAAAAGACUGCCGCCGACGCCGACGCAGCAGCAAAAAAGACCGCCGCCGACGCCGCAGCAGCAGCAGGCAGGAUGGAAGGAACCCGUGGUAAGAGAGACGCCCCCUCUGAGGCCGCCGCCAAGACAGCGGCCGACGCCGACGCAGCAGCAAAAAAGACUGCCGCCGACGCCGACGCAGCAGCAAAAAAGACCGCCGCUGACGCCGCAGCAGCAGCAGGCAGGAACGCCUAGCAGCAGCAGUAGCAGCCUAUGCAUCAGGAGGACAGGCAGCCUAGCAGCAGCAGCAGCAGCAGCAGCAGCAGCAGGCGAAGCAGCAGCAGCAGAAAAUGAACAAUAAACGGGAGGGUCCGCAUCAAAAAAA